CCAACUUCGUCCGAGUCGGAAGCGAAGAAGAGCAUUAUGGACCAGAGAACAGAUCUUGGACAGACUUUCGGAACGAAGAAGGCCAAGAAGGUUAUCCAAGACAAGGUGUUGAACGCCAUCGCUCCGCAAAGAAAACCUGGCGACUUCAGCACACCCAAAUUGGACGAUGCCUCCAAGGCCAUUCUCAACUCCAUCGGCGCAGUUACAUCCACAAUGGCCUCGAGAGAAGAGCUGCAGGCAGUCAUCGACGAAGCCAAGCCAGUGCCCAAGGCAAACCUCGACGCCGAAGAAAUCUACGACGUAUACCGCCCCGAGGAAAUCAUCGGAAAAGAAAUCCUCAAUCUUGUUCCCAUCCGAGAAUGGCAGGAGAAGGCGAAACACGGCGAAAGCAUCCAAUUCCGCUCUCGAUAUGUCGUCUCUCGCGUGCAAGCCAUUGCCUCCAACGACUCUGCCGAGAUGCGCUUGCGUGUGCUAAGAUACCUCUCCAUCGUCCUCCUAUUCUACCUCUACUCAAAACCCGGCCGCCAAAAGGGUACGCGACAGGUGCCUCCUCGAGAUAAGCUCCGAGAGCUCCUCGCGCCAGCGCCCGAGGCGGUCAUUGAAAACAUUCGUCGCAAGUUCUCGGAUGCCGGCCAGCUGAGGAAAUUCCACAUUGACCUGCUCAUCGCGCACUGCUGCGCACUUGCUUGCAUCGUCGACAACUUCGAGGUGGACACGCAGAACCUGAGAGACGACCUGCGGAUAGAGCAGAAGAUGAUGAACCAAUACUUCCACGAAAUCGGAGCCAGGGUGAAGCCUGUCAAGGACAAGGCAGAGGAUCGGAUGCUGCACAUUGCGAAGCUUGCGCUGCCACUAGACUUUCCGAAGCAGCGACAGAUGAGGGCGCGUCGAUGAGUGUGAUCUAAAUAUGUACGAAAGGGGCCGAAAAAGCAAUUAGAAGACAAAGAUGUGAGAUUUUUAUAAAUGGGGGGGAGUUAUGAUUCUACGAGCGGGCGCUGUGAGAUAUAGUUAUAUUUCCCAUCGUUCGACUGCUCUCACUGCAUGGAGGCGUCUUUUCAAAAUACAUUGUUUCGCAUUC